AUGAACCUUGAUCUGAAAUACGGUGAACUGUCAAAAGACGAAGACUUCGUAAAUAAAUGUGAAAAUCUGAAAAUGAAUUUAAUUGAAGUACAGAAGGUUUUGGAUCAACUAUUACCAUUAAAAGCCCAAUAUGAUAAAAUGUCCCUUCCAGCACAAAUAGAACUUGAUUUAUUUCUUGCUUUUGCACUAAAUUCACUUCAUUGGAUAAAUUUACGCAUACAAGGCGUGGAUCCUACCAAACAUCCGAUUAAAGAAGAACUUCAGAGAAUAAAAGCGACAAUGUUAAAAUGGCAGGAAGUGAAAGACCGUGAUAAAAGACCUAUAGUCGAUAUUGAAGCAGCUAAAAGAUUUGUCAGGAGUGGUUUAUACGAUCCUUACAGGGAAACUGCAAAACCACCAAAUAAGAAAAUUAUAUUCAAAGAUGACGAUUAA